GAUGGUGUUGUCCAAGAGGACGAUGCAUCCGCUCGGCGAUUGUUCUCUCGCGCCAAAGGGCUUCGAGCUGCCGGCGCCCCGCGCCCCCUGAAGCCUGGGAAGACCAGUCGGAGGACUCGCAAGGAUGAUUUCAACUCCAGCUUUGACGCGCUGAGGUCAUUCGCUGGUGCGUGGCUGAAAAUCUCGAGGCAGUCCAGUCAGUCUGGGAAAUUGGAACUGGGCAGUUGAGGCAGGUGCGCUGGCAAGGCAGUGUGGGGAAAAGCUUUCUCCUCGCAGGAAUAUAAACUUUCGUUGACAUUCGGAAAACCGUCAGGGGCGAAGAACGACUCAACAGUUCUGCAGAUUUACGCAUACGUAUCCACCUGUUAAGGUGCCUUCAGACAAGUGCUGCCACCAACAUUACAGUUUUUGAGGAAGCAAACCUAGAGGGCAUGGAGCGAUCACCAUUCAGCAGAGGGCAAUGGGCCUCGCAAUCCCUGCGGAUUACUGCCAAAGAGCUAUCUAUAGUUAAUAAAAGAGGAACAGCAGCCCUCAGGGAACGUUUUUCUAAGUAUCAGAAGGCAGCAGAGGAAGCAAGCAGUGAACGAAAAAAAGGGAACACUGAAAAUCUUCCCCCGACUCUGAGGAAAGGGACAUUGAGCAUCUUGAAAAAGAAGUGGGAAAUUCCAGAAAAUCCCCCAGCACAGCCAGUGCCUCAAAAGUCGCCUGUCAGAAUUAAUCGUGCAGAUUCCCGGGCUCAGGUUGCUGCUGUCAGCCCAAAAGCAGACGCCAGCUUUGUGCCUCUAAGUGAGUCGGAUCAAAAUUCGGAGACCACCAUAAGAGUCAAGUCUCCCAGGAGCCCAGGGGUCUUGAGCAGAUUUCCAUAUCCUGGGAUAGAGAGUGAAGGCCAGGCUGAGUUAAAGAUGGAAAGAAUGCUUUUGAAAGAGGGGAAUGAAGUGGAGAAUGGAACAGCACAAGAUUUGACAAUCUCCCCUAAAAUUGAGAAGUUUAACGUCCCACUGAACAGCUUGAAGAUGAUGUUUGAGAAGGGGGAAGCAAAUGUUCAGUCCAAACACAGACACCAUGAAACCCCAGUCAAGCAGGCUACCAGAGAUCAGCAUCUCAAGUCUGAUGUUUCCAAGAAGUGGUUAGACAAGACUAUGGAAGGCAGCUGUUUGAUUGAAGAUGUGGAGAACAAAGCAAGGGAGGGAAGUACAAGUGAUUUAAAAUCAAAUGAUUUUGGUGAUUUGAUGUCCAGAGCUGCGCAGAAUAUUCCAGACCACACCUCGCCUGGAACAAGCCCUGAUAAAACUGAAUCUAAGGUUGGUACGGAGUUGGCAGAUAUGCAGGAAAAGACAUCAGUGAAAGACAGAAUGGCAUUAUACCAGGCUGCUGCACCACAGACGGAAACCAGCAUCCAAUCUCCUACAACUUUGGAAGAGCAGACGCUGUCUGGAGAAGUGAUCAGCACCAAAGAGCUGUGGGAAAGCAAAGAAGUACCAAUUCCUAAGAAGUUUGCCAUCAGCACAAGUGACCUUGUAAUAAGUGCUGACAAUGGGAACGAACAAAAAGAAAAUGUGCCACCAGUACCCUUCACCAGCACCUCUCCCCAUGCAGAACUGCAGAAGGGGUCUGUGGUUGAGACCACUCCAAACUCUUGGAAAAGCUCUGCUUAUGAAAAACAAGUAGAUGGUCAAGUUUCUGUGGAAAAUGAAGAAGGGACACCAAAGCUUUCAGCUCAGGGUAUAAAGCAACAAAGAUCAACCACGGAAAUACAAAGUAGUCCAGCCAAAUCUUUUAAGAAAUUUCAGCUUCCAGCCCAAGAGCUGUGUGUCACCUGCCAAAAGACUGUCUAUCCAAUGGAGCGUCUUGUUGCAAACCAACAGGUGUUUCACACUGCCUGUUUCCGCUGCAGCCACUGCAACACUAAACUGAGCAUUGGGAAUUUUGCUUCACUAUAUGGGAACAUAUACUGCAAACCACAUUUCAGCCAGCUCUUCAAAUCCAAAGGUAAUUACGAUGAGGGAUUUGGUCACAAGCCACACAAGGAGCUUUGGAUGGCCAAAAAUGAGAGUGACACUGCAGAGAACAAGAGUGAAAUUGCCAUGGAUAAAUCUGAGGCCAAAACUGAGAACUCUGGAAUAGAUGAGCUUUCCAUACUUAAAGUAGGUGUUUUGGCUGCCAGCAUGGAGGCCAAGGUUACCAGUUCUUCACCAGAAAAGGUGGAGAAACCUGUAGAAACAAGAAAAUUAAAAAUAGCUUGGCCUCCACCUACUGAAACAGGUAGUAAAGGAAUCAAUUCUACUGAAGAGAACCUUAGAGUUAAUAAACCAAAAUGGCCUCCAGCAGAUGAUUUCCAACAGAUGACCAAGAGAAACUCAGAAUUCACUGGUACCUCAAGACUGAGACGAAGCGCUUCUCUGAAAGAGCGAUGUAGACCGUUUACCGUUGCUGCCCCUCUGACACCUAUAGCCAUAAAAGAGCCAGGAAGAAAUCCGCCUGCUAAAAGUACAGUACAGAAUGUGAUGAUCAGCAAAGAAAAGGAAGCCAAAAGAGAAACCGAUGAACUGAAGAAUAAAGACCAGCCAAGUCUAAAAAAUGAGGACGAGCAACUCGUGACUACUGAGUUCAAGGGCAAAAAAGAAGAUUCAGUGACUGAAGAAGUUGUUGAAGUCAAAAGCAAUGAUGGACAGCUGCUUCCGGAUAAGGCUAUAGAGGAGCUUCACCACAACAAAGAGGAGACCAGAGAACCUGACUUCCUUGAGUGUAAGGAGCAGGAAUCCAAACAAAAGCCAGUUAAGUUGCAAACUUCUGGGGACACACUUACAUCAAAUGAGCAAAUUCCAGAAAAUGAGAGAAAACUGGAAGAUGUUGGUUUUUGGGAUGGGGAUGAAAAUGAGGAAGUGGAGGAAAAUGAGGAAGUGGAGGAAACUGAGGAACUGUCAGUUGAAGAACAAAUCAAGAGAAAUAGAUGUUAUGAAGAUGAGGAUUAAAUACUGUGGGUGAUUUACAUGAUAUUUUAAUUGGUGACUGGCUUUGUGGUUCAUAGAUGUUAGCAUCAGCUCAGAACUUCCUGUUGUAAAGUGGUUUAUUCUAAGUGCCUACAUUGGUGUGAACUUUAUUUUGAAAAGAAAACAUCAGUUGAUUAUAUUUGGAGUAAGGAGAGAUGAUUGCUACUUAGUUUUUUUAAAUUGCUUAAUGUACACCAUGUACAUGAGUGCCUAAAAUAGCACUAGCUUAUACUUUGAAAUCCUACCCACUCCACUGGUCAUACCAACCUUCCAAAAAGAUUUUGUCAAGAUCUAAGUGCUGCCAAGCAAUUUCAAAACAUGGGUAUAGAAUUGUGGAAUCUGGUGAAGUGCUCGUGUGUGGACAUGGGUUCUUAUCCGAUGCCAUUCUUGAGCAUCAUUCACGACCUGGGUAGGGGCGACUGGAUUUCAAAGCUGUGCAAAGAACUUUCUAAAGGUCAUAGCUGAAGUCCAUUCCACAUUGUGUUCACUUCACUCCUUUAAUGCCCCCUCCUCAUAGUCUGUCAAUGUUUCUCAUAGGAUAUAUUGAACUUAUCAAAAAUUAAUUAAAGCAUUUAAGAACCAGUGUGUGUUCCAGUACACCUUGAUUACCAAUAGUGGUGGAGCAGUAAAGGAUAUUUUAAGUUGAAGGUUGCCAAGCAUUCUCUACCUUGUUGCCAUGUACUAGCCUACAUGUGAACCCUAAAAUGAAAGUUUAUUGGAGGCUGUGCUGUAUUUGGUUCUGUGUAUUUUAAAAAUUGAGCCCAUUUGUUAAUGACCUGCUGGAUUGAGCACAUUCAGCAGACAUGAUGGGGUGGUCCCUCCAUUGCAAUAGCUGAGUGACAGAAUGAUCCAGACUUCAAACACUUUCUGUAAUCUGUCUGCUUUAACAACAGACUUUCCAAUUUUGUAGCUCCAAAGAUGAUCCUUAAAAAUCAAAGGGAAAAUUUGAUGGGUCCACCCUACUUGGCUGCUCUGUAAUCUUGUCAUAUUAAACAUGGCACGUUUGUUUUUAGAAUUGUGUAACUGAUUCCAGUAAGAUGAAAAUGGACGCAUUAGAAUAACACCACUUUAAUAGCAACGUUGUGGGCUGUAAACCUGACUUUAGUCUUCAAACAUUGUAAAUUCCUAAAUCUGGCUUUAUUCCCCACUCUUCAAUCCUGUUUUAGAAUUUCUUGUGUAAUGCAGUAUGAUUUUAUAUGUAAAAUUGUUUUUGCAUAUUGACAGCACAUACGUGGGGGACAAGAUGCUGCUGAAAAUAUUAAGUGAUUUGAUUUUAUCAUAGCUGUUUUAGAUGGAAUGUGAAGAAGUUUAUGCUACAGUUUCUGAAGUAAUGCAAUUUUAAUCUUCUGACAUUCCAAUACUCAAAAACGCUGCGCGAUAUUGUAAUGUGUUUUCUUCGUAGUGUUGGAUAUACCACUACAGCCUUCUGGCACCUGAUUUGGUUUAAGGUGAUUUUAAAUGGCACUGGUAAAGCCAGUCUUUUUAUUACAUUACACUUGAUAUUUAAAUGAUGUUUCUCACUUUUACUGCAGGUAAAUAGUUACUGUGGACCUGUAAUGGCUUUAACGUUCAACAUCUCCCCCCCACCCCCCCCUGCUACCAUGACUCCCAUUCAUUUGGAAUAAAGAAUGCACCAAAGCAAAACUUGUUCUGUGUCUUUUUCCCUCCCCCCAUCAUGGUAAGUUGAUGGCGCUGUGAAAUAGGAAUACUUUUCCUGUUUUUGAGUGCCGAGUCUCCAUGUUGAGACAAUCAGAUGCCAAGUGGAUCUCCAUCUAUUUCAACAAUGUGUGUUAUCUCUAAAUAACACAUUUUACUUAGUUUUUCUGCAUUUUGACACCAGUCAGCCUCAACAGGCUGUUUGUCAGAGGCUGUUUUCUGUUGUGGCUCCAGGUCUUGGCCAUCAGUAACUGAAACUACUCAAAACUCCUCUGUAAAACUCCUGCAGCCAGAAGAUGAGGUAAGAUUUUCAUCCCAAUAAUCCAGGCUGGAAUCCAACCCAAGUCCCAGAAAUACAUGGAUAGAGCCUUGGCCUGCUGCACCCCUAGUUCUCUUGUCCAUUGAUUCUUGUGCAAAGAAACUAAGAGCAGCUUAGAAACAUUCGAAGUAAUCAAAUGUAGAGAAGUUAAUUAUGUAGUGAAAAGAAUUACUUGAUCAAUGCUGUAGACUUUCUUUUCAAACUCUAUUUUACAAUUGUGUAUUGUCUAUGUCGUGAUUUCUGUUUAGCAUGUAAUGAAUAAUAAACUCUUUAGUAUAAA